CUUCACAAUGAGGAUGACCCCCCAGAGUCUUCAGCAGCUGAGCAGCCUUCCACCUCUACAGAGACUACGCAGACUCCCCAGGCAGGAGCCAUAUCUGAAGCAGAUACUUCCCCUCCACCUUACUGUAGCAUAGCUGUAGAAGCAGCUGCCACCUCAGAAACACACAAUGAAUUUUAUCCUGUACCACCUCCAUACAGUGUAGCUACCUCUCUUCCUACUUACGAUGAAGCAGAGAAGGCCAAAGCUGCAGCAAUGGCAGCUGCUGCAGCAGAAGUUGCCCAACGAGAAGAAGAGUAUCCACCACGGGAUGAUUUCAGUGAUGCAGAUCAGCUUAGAGUGGGCAAUGAUGGCAUCUUCAUGUUGGCAUUUUUCAUGGCGUUUAUUUUCAACUGGAUUGGAUUUUGUUUAUCCUUCUGUAUAACAAAUACCAUAGCUGGAAGGUAUGGUGCAAUCUGUGGAUUUGGUCUCUCCCUGAUCAAAUGGAUUCUCAUUGUACGG